UGAGACGUCAUCAUACUAUUAAGAUUGCUCUAGAAUUCUGUGUUGUAUCUACUCCUAAAGAGCAUUAGCUUUGUGCUUUGUAUUUUAACUCUUUGUUGCUAUAAUACAAAUUGAGCUCUCUUUUGGAGUGUGGAGUUUUUCCCAGAAAGGGUUUUCCCACCUAAAUAUGCUAUUAUGGUUUUACUUGUUUAAAUAUGAUAGGUACAUGUGCACCUAAUCUACAAUUGUUUAAGGGUUUGUAAGAUUAUUUUUGCAUUCACUCACCUGAUUGAUUAGCAUUGGAAGCCUUAUUGUAUACUUUCCUUUCACCCUUAAUUUAUUGGUGAAGUUGAAUAUUGCUCAAUAAGCCCACCAAAGAUCAAGUCUUGCUGAGUGCAAGACCUUGACAUCAUAAGUAUGAGGCCAAUAUCAUGCCGUAGACAAAUUUGGUGAAGUAUAUACCCCUCAAUAUUUGACUCUUAGCCAAAGAAGUUUCAACCUAGAUGCUUGUUCUUCUAAUCACAUAACUUAAUCGCACAAAUUUCAACUUAAAAACUUGUAAUCCUAAUCACAUAACAUAACAAAAAAAUUUUAGCCUAAAAGUUUGUGCGCCUAAUCACAUAACUAAAAGUUAUAUGGGAAUGAUAAAAAAUCCUCCCACAAAAAUGAGCUAUUACUAUGAUAAAAUCCUCUAAUCUAAUGCUGCAAUUAGAUACUUAAUUACGUGCCUACGGAAAAAAUGUAUAGUAUUUCUACUAAAAGUCUAGAAGCACAUGUAUUCUGUCAGAGAAAACUGAAAAGGCUGUAACUCCAUUGACGCCCAGUAGUACACGGAGAAGAAAAUGUCCCUUCUGUAAUAAACCCUUCAAAACUUGAUAAAGUACGCUCCCCUGACUUGCUUUCCUAGCUUUAUAUGUACGCCAACAUAUCCCUAACCUGCACUUAAGAUCAUUACGUAGCAUUGUGCUCUUCACAAAUGUGUUUACGACCAUAAUUUUACAAUCUCGCAUCAUUCAGGGCCACUUUCUAUCCUAUGUUGCUGCCCUUCUGCAUUUUUGGCAAUAGUAGUGAAUUACAGUCCCUCCAAUAGUCAAUGGAGUUUUAUUGUUGGGUAUUUGCAGAUGAUGACUGCUACAUGUAUACAUACUUGGUGGCAAGCUGAUCUUGUGCAGAAUACCUGGAAGGAAAAGUGGUCUGGUUUUACGUUUGGGCGGCUUCUCUGUCUGCUCUUUAUUUUUGUGGAUUACCAAAUCUGAGAACUUGAGAAGGAGAUGAGAAGAAAGCACGGGGCAAUUGGGCGGUGCGUACAACACAACAUAGUCAUUUGAAUUUGCUUGUCGAUUAUGUCAAGUAAUAAGACAUUCUUCUUUAGCUAGAGCUAAAAGUCUUUCUCAAAAGUGGCUUAUGGGCCCCUCUACAUUAAACCAAAAGGCCGCUCAUUAAACCAAAUACGUGUGUAGCCGUGCAGUUAUUGGUCUUACUCUUCAGCUAGCUUUUUGCUUUGCCCUUUGCCAAAAUUCUGGGUUAUUGGGUUUGCUUUGCAAUUACCCAGCAUUGGCAAAAAUCUGCGAGGAUUUGAGCAAAGGGUUUUAAAAAAUAGUUGUUUCUUCAUCUGUUUCGGGUUUAAGGAUUCCAAACAUUAGUUCGUACUAGUCUAUGUUUCGAGUCAUGGUAUCCAGGUUUUUAGCGGGGUUUGCUCUGUUUAUCGCAGCUUAUGCUUGCUCCAAUGGAAACUGCCAGUUGCUGAGUUCGUGCUCUAAUGCAAGGGACUGUGGAUCUGGUCUCUACUGUGGUUCAUGCCCAGCUGUUGGCGAGUACAACCCAGUUUGUAUUCGAGGGCAAGCUAACAGAGUAACUUCUGUAGUUAAUGGCUUGCCGUACAACAAAUAUUCAUGGUUAACAACCCAUAAUGCCUUUUCAAUACUUGGGGAGCCGUCUUAUACUGGAACUCCAAGAGUUACAUUCUACAACCAGGAAGAUACUGUUACUAAUCAGCUAAAUAAUGGUGUGAGGGGAUUCAUGCUGGACAUGUAUGAUUUUCUGGAAGAUGUGUGGUUAUGCCAUUCAUUUGAAGGACAAUGCUACAACUUUACUGCAUUUGAACCUGCAGUCAACACAUUGAGGGAAAUAGAAACAUUUUUAACCUCCAAUCCAACAGAAAUUGUUACAAUUUUUAUUGAGGAUUAUGUACAUGCCCCCAAAGGUCUUACUAAGGUGUUUAGUGAAGCGGGGCUAUCAAAAUAUUGGUUCCCAGUGUCUAAAAUGCCCAAGAGUGGGGAAGAUUGGCCGACUGUGACAUAUAUGGUAGCCAACAAUCUGCGUUUGGUUGUGUUCACUUCCAUGUCCUCAAAGGAAGCUUCCGAAGGCAUUGCAUAUCAGUGGAGAUAUGUUGUUGAAAAUGAGCCUGGUGAUAGCGGAGUCAGGUCUGGGUCCUGUUCAAACCGAGAAGAAUCAACCCCAUUGAAUUCAAAUGCAGCUUCAUUGUUUCUGGAAAAUUACUUCACUACAAUUCCUGAUCAAAGUGGAACCUGCAAGGAUCAUUCUUCUGCACUUAUGAGUAUGCUCAAUGCCUGUUAUCAAGCGGCAGGGAAAGUACCCAACUUUCUUGCAGUGAAUUUCUACAUGAGGAGCGAUGGCGGGGGAGUUUUUGAUGCCUUAGACAGGCUUAAUGGUAGAUCUUUAUGUGGAUGCAAUACUGUUGCUGCUUGCCAGCCAGGGGCAGCAAAUGGAGUCUGCAAGAAUGUAUCGGUUCCUUCAAUAUCAUCUCCUGCAACACAUGGGUCCUCAAGUUCUACCCAACCUCUGCAGACUUCACAGGCUUCUCUCCCCCAGUUACUCAGUCUGUGGGUCUUGUACAUAUAUAUUGCAAUAUCAUCGUAUGCUGCAGUCACAUUUUCAUUUUUCUAAUGUAUGACAAAAUGAUUGUCUGUUUUCCUCGUCCUUCCGAGCAGCAGAAUGGAUGAUGUGCUAUCGAUUCAGAUCUCUAUUAUGUUUGUAUCUAGCUCUCAUUUAGACACCAGAUAGAACAGGUACAGUUCACGAUUUAGAUUACAGCUAGCCGGUUUACCAGUUCUCUGCUAAAGCCCUUUCAUAAGCGAAGACCAAGAUGAUUUUGGUGCUUUGUUAUCAAAAGAAAAAUGGAACUUUUGCACCAAAAUUAGGGUAGGAGCUAGGAGUAAUUACUCUUGGAAGAAGGCGGCAAUUGCAAAUUCUUUUGGGGGCUUCACUUGGCUGUGUGGGUCAGACUGUUAGGGUUCAUACCCAGAACGAGCCCAAGUUUGUCCACAGAUGUCUUGGUGUUAAUAUUGUAUUAAGAAAAGAAAUAAGAAAAAAGAUUGUAUUUUCCAGAUGGGGGACUCAAUGAAAUGAGACAUGCAUUUUCAAACUCCCACGAUUGCAAGCCAAGAACUGACAUUCAUUACUUGUCCCCCUGUUGAGAUAACAAGAACAUACUUUUACAGGCACAAGUUCGAAGCUACUUUUGAGCUCACUCUCUUUUUGGAUUCUAUUUGCUUGUGUCUGCUCAUGGAAAGCACAUCUCAACAGGAGGCUUUCUGUCCUAACUUUCAUAUAACAAUAUAAGCAAUGGGUUCUCUUUUUGGAUUCUA